AUGAAAGAAAGAAAAUAUAUCAAACAAAGUUUUUCUUGCAAAGGUUUAGUUUUCGUUCAUUGGGAUGGUAAAAUUCUUUCUGAUUACCACUGCUCAACUAAAGUAGAACGUUUACCAGUACUGGUUUCAGCAGAUGGAAAUGAAAAGUUAUUAGGAGUAGAGCAAAUGCAGUCGGAAACGUACUUCGAUAGUGGAAUCUGGUGGAUAAAUGCAUCUUUAGCCGGAAUUAGUGGCGGGCGGGCAUUCAGUCGGUCCUUCAUGCCUGCGUGGGCGUUCUACGACAAUGGAAAUGACGUCAGACAAGUAACAGGAGAGCAGAAACGCAAAGAGCUGCUGAACUCAGCCGAAAGGUCCAUCACUAUCCGGGCCGAGCGCCAAAAAUCUGGUCGAUAG